AUGGCAAAGGAUAAUACAACUGGAGGUUAUGAAGUGGAGCAGUUUGUGGAGACCCCAGAUGAAGAUCUGAUUUGUGUCAUCUGUAGAGCAGUUCUACGCUGUCCUGUACGACUUAAAUGCAACCAUGUCUUCUGCAAGGAAUGCAUUUUACAGUGGAUGAAAAGACAGGUGAAAUGCCCAUGUUGUAGGCAGUCUAUCGAUCAGAACCAAAUGCUGGUUUUGUUUAAGCUGAGUAAAUCCAUUGGCCGUUUAUCAAUCAAGUGUCGAAAUGCACAGCAGGGCUGCAGGGCCACUUUCCCGCUUUCUAACGAGUACCUCCACAUCUCCAGCUGUCCGUAUGAGUGGCAGCUCUGUCCCCAUGAGGGCUGUGGGCAGCAGGUGCUGAGGAAAGACGCGCAGGCGCAUGAUCAGAGCUGCUGCCACUGGCGACAGCCGUGUCCCAUGGGCUGCGGGACGGUGCUUGUCCGUGAGAAUCAGGCCCAACAUAACUGCUACAGAGAUCUGCAGCAGCGCUAUGUAGCCGAGCGGCGGAAGCAAAGGGCCAUCGCAGCCAACCUGCGCAGGAAGAUGCAGCGUAUGCAGAGCCGGAUGGCACAAAUAAGGAGGCAGAUAAAUCUGAUGUGUGAGAGCCUGGAGGUUGGAGAUCUGGAAGUUGAAGCAGGGGAGGGAACCAGUGUUUGGACUGAUGCUAGUGAUUCCAGUCCGAGCGGCAGCAGACACCGUCACACCGACAGCAGAAGUUCACGAGUCAGAUUUAUAUAGAGAUUCAAAGAGAGCAUUCAAGUUAGUUUUUUAUGUGAGCGCGUUUUAUUAAAUGUGUCUUUCCACUUUUAUAGUCAUCUUAGGGAAUCGUUCACUCAAAAAUGAAAGUUAUUGGCAUCUUUGUUUACUCACCUUCACGCUGUUCCAAACCUACAGCAUAUAAUUACCUUCGUUUGGGACACAUAAAAGAAACUAUUUUGAAGAAUGUUUGAUCUGUCCAUACAAUAAAAGUCAAAUGGG